AACAGAAGAAUCGAUUCUAUAUGGAGAUCCUUGGCAAUUCAAUUACUGAAUGAAUAUUUGGACAUAAAAAGCGUUUAGAAUGAAAUUUUCAUUCUUUCAUUUCACUCGUUUUCCAUGCUGAAACUUCUGACCGUAUGACGUGAAGCAAUUCAUCAACAAUGAUUUCUUACUGUAAUAAAUACAUGUAUUGCUUGUAUUCAUGUUUCAAAAUUACAUAAAACCACAUUUCAUUUUGUUCGAUUAGACGCGCUGCCGCUCUCUAUUGUGAGUAAACAAAGAAGACAAACUGUAGGUCGCGCUGAAUGACAAAUAAAAAGUUUUUUCCGAGUUGUUUCCCACAUAUGCUUCGCCGGUGCUUCGCAUGGUUAUUAUGUUGGAAGAGAAGUUGGGAAUUCAGAUGUAGUAGGUCGUUAUCGUGUGUUUUGUCAACCCGAAUAUGACAGAAACGCUACUAGGUGCCUGGGAUUAUGUGGCGAUCGUCGUCUACUUCGUUCUCGUACUCGUCGUUGGUCUCUAUUCGUUAUGCAGAUCGAACCGAGGGACAGUGAGCGGGUAUUUCCUUGCUGGAAGAUAUAUGACAUGGCUGCCAGUGGGAGCAUCGCUGUUUGCUAGCAACAUUGGAAGUGAGCAUUUUGUUGGGCUGGCAGGAUCUGGGGCAGCAGCAGGCAUAGGGGUAGCAGCAUUUGAAUUCAAUGCCUGUCUUUUGGUCCAGCUGCUAGGCUGGGUAUUUCUUCCAGUUUACAUUGCAAGCGGGGUAUCAACCUUGCCCGAAUAUAUGACAAAAAGAUUUGGAGGCAGUCGCAUUCGAGUCUAUUUGGCGAUCCUCUCACUAAUCCUCUACAUUUUUACCAAGAUAUCGGUCGAUCUUUACUCAGGAGCACUCUUCAUUCAAGAAGCACUUCAUUGGAAUCUAUACCUUUCCAUUAUAUUACUUCUUGCCUUGACUGCAGUAUGCACAGUUACAGGUGGUCUGGCUGCUGUUAUCUACACAGACACUCUUCAAUUCUUCAUCAUGAUUAUCGGAGCUUCUAUUCUCAUGAUCAUGAGUUUUGUUCGCAUCGGUGGUUAUGAUCAGUUACGGGUGAAGUACAUGAAUGCUAUACCAAACACGACAAUUUAUAAUCCGGAUACUUCAUGCGGAUAUCCGAGGGAAGAUUCAUUCCAAAUGUUACGUCACCCAACUAACUCUGACAUGCCCUGGGCCGGUUUUCUCUUCGGUCAGACACCAGCUUCUAUUUGGUAUUGGUGUACGGAUCAGAUGAUGGUGCAGAGAGCACUGGCAUCGAAAAGUCUGUCUCAUGCCCAGGGUGGUUGCAUCCUCGCUGGAUAUAUCAAAUUUCUCCCUAUGUUCUUAAUGGUACUUCCCGGAAUGAUCAGCAGGAUCAUGUUCCCAGAUGAAGUAGCCUGUUCUACUGCUGAAACAUGCAUGGAGGUAUGUGGUAGUACUACGGGAUGUACCAAUAUUGCGUAUCCUAGAUUGGUCAUGGCCGUACUUCCUACUGGCCUUCGUGGUAUAAUGCUUGCUGUGAUGUUGGCUGCUCUGAUGAGUGAUCUAACAUCUAUCUUUAACUCAACAAGUACUCUAUUCACCAUCGAUGUAUGGACGUACUUGAGAAAGAAAUUCAGCAAGAAAGAUCCAGGCGUCAGGGAACUUAUGCUCGUGGGCAGAUUGGUUGUGUUGAUUCUGGUUGGUAUCGCCAUUCUUUGGGUUCCCAUUAUCCAAGAGAUCCAAGGAGGACAACUCUUCAUUUAUAUCCAAGAAAUAUCAGCUUACUUGGCCCCACCUAUUGCUGCUACAUAUCUUCUUGCUAUCCUGUGGACCCGUGGGAACGAAGAGGGAUGCUUCUGGGCUUUGUGUGCUGGAUUCUUGGUUGGUGGUAUCCGUAUGAUCCUUGACUUUGUCUACCGAGCACCGCCAUGUUGGGGUGAUCCUAUCUACAGACCAUCCAUCGUAGCAAACAUGCAUUACAUGUAUUUCGCUCUCUUUCUCUUCUGGUUCACCAUCCUGGUCAACGUUGUGGUCAGUCUUCUCACUGACCCACAGGACCCGAAGAAGCUUAUUAGAACAACAUGGUGGACUCGUCUUAGUCGGGUAAAGCGCGAAGAUGAGGUGAUUGAAGAAGACAAAGGAUAUAAGAAAAAAAUUGAAUUAGAUGACGAAAAUGAUGAACGGAGUCAAUGGCGUCGUGCUUACGACUGGUUCUGCGGUUACGACGAUACCACGAAAGGGAAGAUUUCGCUCAAAGAACAAGAAGAGCAUCUCCAUAAGAUCACAUCACUUAAGCAGGAUCCUCGAGCCAAAAUCGUUCUCAAUGUAAAUCUGGUUCUCAUUAUUGGAGUCUCUACUUUCAUGUAUGUCUUCUUCUCAACAUAGACCAGAGAUAUUAAUUAUUUUUAGCGCAUAUAAGAACAUCAGGAAGAGUCGAAGUGACGCCCCUUGCAGAUUAACGAACCAUCUGAACAACCAUUUGGUCAAAAGUUGAUAUUAUCUGGUCGUAAGCUAGUUCGCACAAAAAGGAUUGUACAUGUACAUGUAGCUAUUUUUUCUCAAAUAGCCUAUCUUACAUCAUUAAAACUAAAUUCCCAAAUAGAAUUAUAAUUGUAUGUUACAUCAUCUGUUUCGAUUUGUUUUCACUGGCCACACAGUUUAUAUAUUUGUCUGAAUAAUAAUGAUAUAAAUGUAAUUAUUCAUCAUAAUAAGAUCAAAUUUUAUUCAUGAGUGAAAAAAUGCUUUGUUCUUAAAUCGCUGCUCGCGCAUACAAAAAAUAUAUGAUUUAAACAUAAUAACUGAAUUUAAUUGAUUUGCAAUAUGUAUAUAUAUAAAUUACUUUAAGUGUACAGAUUUAUGUUAUGUUAUCUUUAUCAAAUGACUUCUAAUUUGAGGAUAGGAAUGAAAUAUAAUUAUGUCCAAACAAAUCUGUUCAAAUAAUUAAUUUCCAUUGAAAACUAGAUUAGACUGAGGUAAUCAUGUCCUUUGGAUAUUAGUUUGAAACUGUAAUUAUAUUAGUUAAUCAAAACCAUUAAAAAGAUCAAGUUGGAGAAAAGUAGCAAUUUAUUCCUUGCUGUUGGUCUAAUCGACGAUGAUGUCAUAUUAGAAUAGAAGACCCUUUCAUUUUCUUUCGAAAGUGAAUAUUGAUAGAUUUAUUUUCAUAGACUAUAUACAUAGUUUUUCAGCAUUUAAAUAUUUUUUUAUACCUUGGGGAUUUGAAUGAUGUCUAAAUUUCAGAAUUCCAUGGUUUAGGCUUCAUUAUAAUUUGAAUAUAUUAGCAAGAUUGAAAGUUGUUACAUUUUUCUUCCUAAUUCAUGUAGUUAACAAAGUAAUAUGAAGUGGACGGAUACUUAGGGAGUUAGAAUUCAAAAAUAUUUCUAACAUGAACAAUAAAAGGAAUCGGUUACUCUACCUCUCACAUUUAUGAAGGUGAAUUCAUCGUUUCGUGUCCAGCACAAAUAAAUGCAAGUUAUUCUUAUGAUUUUCAAUGAUUUGCAAUUCUUAUUUUGUUUUCUUUGAUCCAAUGAUAAGCUGAUCCAUGUUGUUCUGCACCAAGAAUUAUGAUUGCAAAAUGAACAUAUUUAGGUGGAGGUCAUUUGAGGAAUAGCAAAACGUUUCAAAUCAAUAUUGCUCUUUUGAAAUGCCUGAUUUUGUUCAUAUGUGGCGAUAAUGUAUUUUACAAAAAAAAAGAAAGGUAUAAUUAAAUUGGCAAAUUCAAAACUCUUAUUAUCAAUGAAAACAUUUUGUCAUCACUACAGUUGGGCGUAAUAUCCACUGGAAACCAGGAAACAUUUCAUUUAUGAUUCUCGCCAAUAAUUUUGUUGCCAGCCAAUCAGAUGCAAGGAUUUCAGUAGAUUAUAACAUCCUUCGUUGAAAAUCAGUGAACUUUUCGUUUCAUGAAAUGCACCUUCCAGUUGAUAACAAAUGCACGAUUUCUUUAACAAAUUAACUAUCAACCAAUCAUAUUGAAGGAUUUCAGUAGCUUUUAACUGUUAUUGCAAAUUGGUAUCGUAACAAGUUUUAUGACACAGGACCCAGGACAAUGUUUUCAAUAAUUGGGUCAACCAACCAUUUAUGUAUUUAUUGUUACGUUCAAACCUGUAAUGUAUAAUUUUCAUGUAUUUUAAUUAUUAAUCGAUAAAUUGAUCUGCAGC